AUGGCGGCGGGUGGCAGCGGCGGGCGCGCGUCGUGCCCGCCGGGGGUCGGCCCGGGCGCGGGGGGCGGCCCCGGGCCCAGCGCCAACGCGGCGGCCCCGGCCCCCGGCAACGCUGCUGCCGCCGCCGCCGCGCCCGGGCCGCCCCCUCCGCCGCUGCCCGGCCCCGGGGCGGACGCGCAGGCCGCGGGCGCGGAGCGCGAGGAGGCGGCGGGCCCGGGCGCGGGGGCCGCGCUGCUGCGCGAGCCGGUGUACAACUGGCAGGCCACCAAGCCCACCGUGCAGGAGCGUUUCGCCUUCCUCUUCAACAACGAGGUGCUGUGCGACGUGCACUUCCUGGUGGGCAAGGGGCUCAGCUCGCAGCGCAUCCCUGCGCACAGGUUCGUUUUGGCUGUCGGCAGCGCUGUCUUCGACGCCAUGUUCAACGGGGGCAUGGCCACCACGUCCACGGAGAUCGAGCUGCCUGACGUGGAGCCGGCUGCCUUCCUGGCGCUACUCAAGUUCCUGUACUCAGACGAGGUGCAGAUCGGGCCUGAGACGGUCAUGACCACGCUGUACACUGCCAAGAAGUACGCCGUGCCCGCGCUGGAGGCCCACUGCGUGGAGUUCCUCAAGAAGAACCUGCGGGCAGACAACGCCUUCAUGCUGCUCACACAGGCGCGCCUGUUUGACGAGCCACAGCUGGCCAGCCUGUGCCUGGAGAGCAUCGACAAGAACACCGCGGACGCCAUCACCGCGGAGGGCUUCACGGACAUCGACCUGGACACCCUGGUGGCCGUCCUGGAGCGCGACACGCUGGGCAUCCGGGAGGUGCGGCUCUUCAGUGCUGUUGUCCGCUGGGCCGAAGCCGAGUGUCAGCGGCAGCAGCUGCAGGUGACGCCUGAGAACAAGCGGAAGGUGCUGGGCAAGGCCCUGGGCCUCAUCCGCUUCCCGCUGAUGACCAUCGAGGAGUUCGCCGCAGGCCCCGCACAGUCGGGCAUCCUGGUGGACCGCGAGGUGGUCAGCCUCUUCCUGCACUUCACCGUGAACCCCAAGCCCCGGGUGGAGUUCAUCGACCGGCCGCGCUGCUGCCUGCGGGGCAAGGAGUGCAGCAUCAACCGCUUCCAGCAGGUGGAGAGCCGCUGGGGCUACAGCGGCACCAGCGACCGCAUCAGGUUCUCAGUCAACAAGCGCAUCUUCGUGGUGGGCUUUGGACUCUACGGCUCCAUCCACGGACCCACCGACUACCAAGUGAACAUCCAGAUCAUCCACACGGACAGCAACACCGUCCUGGGCCAGAACGACACGGGCUUCAGCUGCGACGGCUCGGCCAGCACCUUCCGCGUCAUGUUCAAGGAGCCGGUGGAGGUGCUGCCCAACGUCAACUACACGGCCUGCGCCACGCUCAAGGGUCCCGACUCCCACUAUGGCACCAAAGGCCUGCGCAAAGUUACCCACGAGUCCCCCACGACGGGGGCCAAGACGUGCUUCACCUUUUGCUAUGCGGCUGGGAACAACAAUGGUACAUCGGUGGAGGAUGGUCAGAUCCCUGAGGUCAUCUUCUACACCUAGGCCACCCCACCAUGUCCCGUCCACGGAGGACGGCCAGGCCCCAAGGCCAUCUACGCCUAGGCCACUCACCAUGUGCUGUCCACAGAGGACAGCCAGGCCCUGAGGUCAUCUUCUACACCUAGGCCACCCCUUGCCACCACCCAUCCUAUGGAGGACAGCCAGACUCCUUAGGUCACUGUCCACACUUAGACCACCCUCCAGUGUGUCCCCAGCCAACCUCCUUCGGCCAUGCGUCUACUCCCUGCCCCUUCUCAGCAUCAAGGAAGGUGACAUUGUGGCCACUUGUUUAGAGGCACCGGGGAAGUGGCUGGGCCCCUGAGAGACAAUCCCUCAGACUCUGGGAGCCGGGCUGUGCUGAACCUGCCCACGCCAGCCAGGGCCAAGAGUCAGCGAGGUGCCAGGGUGGGCUUCCCGCCCUGUCCUGCCCUGUCCCUGCAGCUCAGGGCCCUCCGACCGCAGGCCAGGGCGGGUCUGUGCGUGUUUGGGACAGACUGUGGCGUGACCCGUUCCUCUGGGGAGGCCCUGUGGGAGGAGCUUAGAGCCACUGGCGUGAGUCUUGAAUUCCUUGUUCUCUGCUCACUGGGGUCUGACCCGCCACGCACCCGAGGCCAUGCGGACCCCCUGCCUGCUGGGUGACCGGAGUCCCAGAGAGCAGACUCAGUGUGGGGCUCCGGCUCCUGUGUCAUCCCGAAAGGCAGCCCCUAGCCCGGGGGCGGGCAGCUCGCUGCUUCUGUUCUUGCCCCACGGGAGGGCCAGCCAAGGACCAUCCCUGCCGAUCUCUCUGGACAGGCCGCCCCAACCCUGUGUGCCUGAGGGACAGUGCCACAGGUUGGGCCCCGUCCAGGUGGAGCUGUGGUGGGGCCCAGAGGGCACCCCCUGCCCUGUACAUACUGUAGCCCUGGCCCUCCUUGGCCGCAGAGCCCUGUGCAGAGGCUCUGGAGGGUGCGGCCUGCCCCACACCCCCGUGUCUCCCCCAUGACUCCUCCUGGAACCCACGUGCUCCCCAAAGCCAUGGAAGGUGUGCCCGCACACCACAUCCCCAGAUGAUUUUUUUAAAUAAAGGAAAGAAACGCA